AUGGCUCUCCCUCACAACUCGAUUCCCAACCCUUUUUUGAACGUUCCAGAAGAGCUAUGGUUGGAGAUCUUCUACUACGCGACAAUCGGUACAUGCGUCGAUGAUGGCGUAAACUAUGUCCCUUUCGCUGCCAUCCCUUUCCAAGAACGCGACAGUCUUCGCGUUGAACGGAGGUGCUUCGCGACCAAACGCAACUUGCUUCUAGUUUGCAAGGCAUGGAAUGCUCUUGCUACGGAGACAGCGUAUCGGUCUAUACGAAUUUGCCACGGAACCAACACAUUAUUGGAUUCUCUUUACAUGGAUACUACUUCCAGUGAGAAAGCCGGAGGUGGAAAUGGUCGUUUUGUCCGAAAUGUAGAAAUCAACUCAAGAGUCCAGGACUUUGAUCCGUUCAAUCCAACCAUCGUUGCUCAGAUUCUAGCUCAGUGUCCUGGCAUGGUCUCGCUCGCCCGGCCAUUUGCCUAUGAUGGCACGAACCUGGUCAUCUGCAAGGUUCGGGUGGGCGAUAGUUCCCAACAAAGUUCCCAUUUGCAGGUCAUCCCUCAUUUCCCAACUCUGUCCGCUUUACGAAGGGUGGACUGGUGGCUUCCAUUGACCAUGCCUCCCCGUAGGUUUGAUCUCUCAUCAACCGAGCUUUUCCAGGACCUUCUGGGAGAUAUUAUCAACCAUGCCCCCAAUCUGCGAUACCUUACACUCGGCGGGCCAGCCAACUCAUUCAUUUUUUCACAACAACCCUUCUCCUCUAUCACACCCAUUCUUUCUCUUCACAAUCUGACUACGUUGAGACUUGAAUGUGAUGUGAGAUUUGGCCACAGCAACCUUACAGCCAGGACUUGGCAGCUCCCAAACCUCACACAUUUGCUAGUUGGAGGCUCGUAUUCUGUUGCAAUUCACGUCAUUGAGGCGUGUGGCUCUCAUCUCAAGGUUCUUGAAAUCAUCGGAAAGUCAUUCUGGAGAAGCGCACCCUUUUUUCACGACUUCCUGGAGUUCCUGUCCAGAGCAUCCAAUCUAGAGGAAUUCAACUUCCCACUCGAUGGCUUCGGUAAGAAUUAUCGACCACUACCACCCGUCUACCCUUCCACGCUACGAACUAUUAGACUUAAACUUGGUGAUUUGUCACCCGAUCGGCUUUCUGAACCAUUGUUGGAUUUUCUAAAAUUCCCACAUCGUCUCCCCAUGUUAAAGCAGUUGGUCUUCUAUGAUCACUGUCAAUGGCAAGAGGUCUUCCAACAGCCAACGUUUUUGCUUGCUAAGCAAGUUCUUGAAGAGCAAUCCUGCAUCAUCGAGUUUGCUUAG